AUGGCUACCGAAACGCCCGUAUUACACCUUCGACUCCCUCGACAAAGGUUGCGGAAGACUGCAGCACAUCUGCUCGAGCUGCGAAACGACACAACACUGUCACCAGUUCCGCGCGAGAACCCUCUGGAACCCUCGGUCCGAAUCGUCUGCAUAUCAGAUACGCAUAAUCUGCAACCCUCGCUUCCACCCGGCGACUUGCUUGUCCACGCGGGAGACCUCACUGAAUGGGGCACAUUCGACGAACUACAAAAGCAACUCAGCUGGCUCUCCUCCCAGCCUCAUCAGUACAAGAUCGUCAUCGCUGGCAACCACGAUCUUCUCCUCGACGACCACUUCCUGAACCGACAUCCUGAACGUCGCGAUUCGAAAGGCCGGACGAGACAUGACCUCGACUUUGGCUCCGUGACUUAUCUCCAGGAUGAAUGUGUCACGCUAUCGUUCGCUAGAGAGAAACGCUCGUUGAGUAUCUACGGGUCUCCCUGGACUCCUCGAUACGGUACCUCAGCAUUCCAAUAUCCUCGUGACGACGACGUAUGGAGUAACCGGGUGCCAGCUUCUGUCGACAUUCUCAUCACUCAUGGUCCACCAGCUGGAUUCAACAAUAUCAAACCGUCGGCCGGAUGCUCGUACUUACGUCAGGAAGUGGCGAGAGUGAAGCCCAAAUUGAUGGUCUUUGGACAUAUACACGCCGCGAGGGGCGAGCAAACGGUCACGUUUGAUGCGGCGCAGUCACUUUAUGAUGGCAUCGUCGAAGGUUCGCGAGGGUGGGAAUCUGUUCUUUUGCUCGCUGGCGCGGUUGCGUGGGCUCAGGUUCAGCGCUGGUGUGGUCGUGAAUCGAGGAGCACGAGGAUGAUCAAUGCGGCGGUGGUUGAUGGAAUGGAUAAGGAGGUCGCACUAGCGGCCUUAUCUCUCGAGCUGAUUCUUCGUCUCUGCGAAAUAUUCAUCGACGACAACCUCUCCAUCAAGAUCAUCCCUCUACAACAAUCUCUCCGUCCUACAGGCAUUUACUGA